AUGCCUUCGCUCCUAUGCCUCCCUGACGAAGUCCUCAUUGAAGUGGUCCGCCUCGCGCUCGGCCUCGGUCCGGCAGACGGCUCAGUCGACACGGCGCGAUGCUUCAACAUUGCGUCCCCCGAGUUUGUGCCAGGGAUCGCGCCGUGGAUGAGAAAACGCAUAUUAAAGGAGCGCGCCGAAAGCAAGGCGCCCAUCGUGCCGCUGCUUCUGGCCUCACGGCGCCUGAACAAAAUCGCCGGCUCUCUCUUGUUGAGCGGAUCGGUUUUCCGGGUCAGCGACACGCCGGAUCUGCAGCUGCUGCUGACCUCCAUGGGGCCUGAGAGGAUUUCGCGCGUGAGGAACGUCUCGGUCGCUCUAUACUCGGACGACGACUACGAGCACGACCCCCGCGACGACGCCACGGCCCAAAAGGACAUUGAAGAGGCCACGAGCGCGCUGGGCCAAUUGCCGUCGACACUACGCAGCCUCCGUCUAGAAUUGCCUUACCAUUGGCAUCCCCCGUUCUCUCACGACAGGGGCACAGACGCGCGCCUCAGGAGCGCCAUGGCCAAGUUUCGCGGCUUGAGGGAGCUUUUCCUCGACCUCUACACUCAUCAUAUACACAUUGACAUGUUCACCGACAUGGCUGCCGACAUGUACAGCGACUUCCACGAAUGGAUCGAGCCGCCGGCUCCCAGAUUUCCGCUGCUCAGACGCCUCGAGCUCCAAGGGUGUCUGACGCCUUGCCUCGGACGCAAGGGCCUCGCAGCCGCUCUCUCAGAGGCACAGCUUCCGUGCCUGGAGGCGCUCGUGCUUGACGGCAUACUGCACGACAGCGACGACGAAGAAUCGCUCGUGUUCCAGCCCGAUGCCCUCAAGACGAUGCAUCGAUUGCGCGAGUUCUGCUGGACGCCGUACGAUUUCAACGAGGGCAUACGCAAGACGCUGGGCAGCCCGCACUCGCCGCCGACGAGACGUCACAUGGAAGAGCUCAGGGCCAGGCACGGGGAGACUCUCCGCGUGCUGAACAUCGACUUUGGGGAGAGAGAAUCGUGCAAUGGGCCGUGGGAUCUAGACAUUGAUCAGGAGUACCUGGAUGAGUUUAAGGCUGGGCUGCCAAACUUGCACAGCGUAUCAUUGACAAUGGGCGACGAAGAAUGA